AAUUGGGAGUCUUGGGCUUGGCACUCAAGCCGGCCGCUGGCCGGAAGGCUGACCACUACUUUAGGAUGCCAUAUUUUGUACAAAGUGUAUAUACAUGUAUUGGACUAAUAAACUACAUAUACAGAAGAUGAACCAACUUAUAUUAUAAAUUUAAGGAAUACUCGAUUCCUGAAAAAUUACGAUAUCGAAAGUAGAACAAAAAGUUGGAAAUUCCCUGUUGCUAUUUCUGAUCAACUAAUCAGGAUCGUCUGAUUUAUCUAAUCACGCGGAUGGGUGUCGCUCCCAGACGGACAGCAAAGUCCGAGAAGGAUAGGGAUCAGCCUUGUCUAUAAAAUGGCCAGCGACAACUUCAGAGAAUCGCUACAGCCGUUCUGUAUAGAAGUGGAAGGAUUCCCGCCUGAUACAAAUGAGAACCAAGUGAAACAGAUAUUCCAAAAUUGUUUGAAACUAGAACGAAUUGUGGGCGUACAACUCAAUCAAACAAAAUGGCUGAUAUUGUUUCAUGAUAAAGUUGUGACUGAUUACUAUGUGAGCCAGAAAGAAAUAUGUCUGCCAAACAGUACUCCUCUGAAGAUCGGUGCAUGUAUACUGUGUGACAUUCCAGCGUCAUGGGGAAAAGUUGACCUUAAGGCAUUUAGAACUGUAGACAAAUCUCAGGGCAUGUAUCAUGGCCGAGAUGGUGGAAACCGACACACACGGACAUUCGGAAACGACAAACAGGAAGAAAUGGACAACCAAGCUGCUGAAACUGAGGAAGAGGAGAAUGAGGCUGAUGAUGAGGAGGAGGACGAAGAAUCAUUGGGGAUGAUCAAAGUCACAGGAAUAUCUCCACAGACCACAGAAGAAUCGCUAACCUCUUUUUUUGGGAGUAAAAGGAAAAGUGGUGGUGGAGACAUUGAGGUUGUGGAUUUUCGGGAGGAAUCAGCGAUGGCUAUUAUAACGUUUGAAAAACCUGAAGUGGUUGAUCGUGUCCUGCAGAAGCUACCAUUACUCUUGGAUAAAAAACAGAUUACAGUAGAGCGAUUUGUUCCGGAGAAGUAUAAUUCAGGAGCUAAUGUUGAAAAAGAAACAAGUGACAAGGAAGAAUCAAAGCCUUCCUGUAUCAUAGAGGUGCGACGCAUGAGUGAGAAAACUAGUUUAGACACGAUAGAGCUUUAUUUUGGGAACAAGAAGGCUGCAGGAAAAAAUGUCGAGGUUGUGAAUGUUAAUGAUUCGGAGUUUGAUGAGGGAGUUGUCUACAUUACCUACGAAACUGAAGAAG